GUGACGAACCUGCAAGCUGUCAAAAAUGAGCAUUUAUGCGAUGUUUACGAUUUUGUGAAUACUUUUUCUCUAUGGUUAAUGAGCUGAGGAAUGAUUGCAUUGCGAGAUCUCAUUAUCCCUUCGUAGUUCACUUACAUAAGUGUUUAAAUAUCAAAGCGUUUUCUCUGUGUUAGAAUUAGUAUGGAGAGGUUUGAGCUUUAUAUCUUCACAUCUCUGUGCAGCAUUAACUUCCUUUUAUCAUGCAUUUUGUUCUCCAAAAUCACACGGGAACAGAGAGAUCCUUACAUGGAUGAGAUAUUUCAUGUCCCUCAAGCCCAGAAGUACUGUGAAGGAAAGUUUAAUGAGUGGGAUCCAAUGAUUACCACUCUCCCUGGGUUAUAUCUGGCAUCGGUGGGGCUGAUCAAACCUGCGGCGUGGCUGUUUGAUCUGAAGGGCAAGGCGGUCUGCUCCACUGCCAUGCUGAGAUUUAUCAAUCUGCUAUUCAACAGUGGGAAUCUGUAUAUCAUCUAUCUGAUCAUCAGCAGACUGCACCCCAAAGAUAAGUCCCGCUCAGCAGUCCGCAGAAUGCUGUCUUCAUUCAUUCUGUCAACAUUUCCUGUGCUCUACUUCUUCACAUUCCUGUAUUACACCGAUGCCGGCUCUACGUUCUUCACAUUGUUCAUGUACCUUAUGGCACUGUAUGGAUCCCAUAAAGCAGCAGCGCUGCUCGGCAUUUGUGCCAUCCUCUUUCGGCAGACCAACAUCAUCUGGGUGGCAUUCUGCGCUGGAACCGUGGUGGUCCAAAUAAUGGACGAAAGCUGGCGAACUGAACAGUCAAAAAAGCGAGAUGUGAAAUCACCCUCCCAGGUCCCCAUGACCAUUAGUGGGGCAAUGAGAGUGAUGCGUUUUCUGCUGGAUUUCGUCAAAACGGCUGCCAACAUAAAAGCCGUGGUCUUGUCAACCUGGCCGUAUAUAAUCAUAGCUCUCGGUUUUGCGAUAUUCACCGUGCUAAACAAUGGCAUUGUGGUCGGAGAUAGAAGCAGUCACGAAGCUUGCUUAAACUUUCCACAGAUGUUCUAUUUCCUGUCAUUCACUCUCGUAUUUUCUCUUCCUAUCUCUCUGAGUUACCAAAAGGUAGUCCGUUUUUUUCAGGCUGUACGCAAGCAACCCUUGAUUUAUCUCGUACUUAUGAGCGUCUUCUUGAUUUUGGUUUGGAGAUUCACAUUGGUUCACAAAUACCUGCUCGCAGACAACAGACAUUUUCCGUUCUAUGUAUGGAACAGAAUUUUCCAGAGACAUGACCUCGUCCGUUUCCUUCUGGUUCCUGGAUACGUGUUUGCCGUCUGGAACUUUUUCGAUACUUUAAGGUACAAGUCAUUGUUUUGGUAUCUGGCGUUCUGCGUGUGUGUGGUGCUGGCCACCGUCCCACAGAAACUACUGGAGUUUCGAUACUUCAUUGUUCCCUAUCUGUUAUAUCGUGUACAUGUCCCUCUACCAUCUCUGCUCAGACUGUUGCUUGAGUUUGGCCUUUACACUGCAGUUAAUGCAGCUACGAUCUAUAUAUUCAUCUAUAAAACCUUCGAGUGGCCUGACAGUACAGAUACACAGAGAUUCAUGUGGUGACUCGACUACAAUAAUAAAUGAAAUAAAAUAUUUUCACAUUUUCUAUCCAUAAAAGGGAGUGUUUUUUACCAUUUAACUGAAAAUAAAAGAAAUUAGAAUAUAAUUUCAGUAUGCUUAUCCAUGUAUUUAUUUGCUGUUAUUUUCAUGUGUAUUUUUGUCUUUAGUUGUACUGUGUGUUUUUAAGCAUUUUGUUGUUGUUGUUGUUGUUGUUACUCAAAGUCACAUUAAGUAAAAAAAAGUUAAAACUAUGUCAUAUGUGAUUUUGCAAUUUCUUUUUUGUUCUAGUUUUACCUUAUUUUUAAUGCCGUCUGUUGUUUUCCUAGACCAUAUGCUGACUGUACACCUCUUAUUGUAUUUGCCUCAAGUCUGUGUUCUUUUCAAUUAUUGUUUUUUUGAGAUAUUAAAAAUCUUUUUAUGACCGAAUACAACUUUUGUGUUCUGCAAACUGUAUGGUUCCACAUGAUGGGAGUCUAUAAUGCACCUUAAAAUUAAAGGCAGGUGUGUUUAUUGAGCUAAAAUCUGCAGGACUCUGGCCUUCCAAAGGGUAGGUUUUAUUUUGAAGCACAAGUAUAUUUUUAAGCUAUACAAACACUGUGUAAAGUUUCUGAAGUGUUUCAAAAUUAUUUCAUUAAACAUGUUUAGCUUACCUCAAAGCUAAAGACAAUUCAGGUACAGAUGUGAUUAUGGGUCUGCCACAAGGUGGCAGUCUCUGCUUUAUUUUCAAAUACAUUUUCGCUGUACUAUCUUUAGUAUAUUUCUCAUUUAGAUUUUCCUUUUGAGUUUGUCCACUAAGCUCUUAUAGUUAACUAUAUAUUCAAAAGUAUCAGCCUGUGACCAAUAAAAAGUUUGGAA